CCCCCCUUCUCCGGAUGCAUCGAUUAUUUGAUAGCAAACAAUGACGACAUAAAGCUGCAUUAUUUCUGUUUCAUACCUCAAAUAGACUGCAAGCAGCCCCUGUUUUGCCCUAAAAUUCGCGGAAAGAACGCAAGAUCUCAAACUCGUUCCCUGAUCCUGUCCGGAAAAUUACGAAAGUGGAAAGACUGGAUCUAUUGUAGCACUCCCCCGAUCCAAUCUUCCGCCGUCCGCAGAAAAAAGAUGGCGGCCAGAACUGUAUAGGCUGCUACUUUUCUUUGAGUCUUUUUGACACCAGGUAUUCAACAUGAGACGGAGUGUUCGUUUGGCAGCUAGAGCAGUCGAUGAAAUAACUUCUCGAGCUGCUGAAGUUGCGCAAAUCUCAGGAUCGACAUCGGCAACAAACUCUACGGGAAAAGAGGAAAAGGCGGGAACGAGAAAGCCCCAGAAAUCCACGGCGACGAAACGGACCCGAGAGAAAAGCACUACUGAUCAAGACGAAAAUGAACAGAAAGUGAGUACACUGAACAGCUCAGCUAUCACUGAAGAAAAAGUUAAACCCAAAAUCAAAAGAAUGAAAACAGACGAUUCGGAUGUGCACACGGCGAUAAAAUAUGAAGAUGACAUUCAGUCAUUGUUUAACCAGGAGAAGCUUGUUGGAGCUCAUGUGUCUAUUGGUGGAGGGCUCCACAAUGCAGUGGCUGAGGCACUGGCUAUAGGUGCUAAAGCUUUUGGGCUUUUCUUGAGAUCACAGCGCCAGUGGAAAAGCAAACCAUUGGAAGACAAAGCAGCCCAACUCUUCAAAGAAGCUUGUGCCAAAGCCAACUUCUCUCCACAUUCGAUUCUUCCACAUGGUAUUUACCUCAUGAACUGUGGAUCUCCAGACGAGGAAACGCUCUCUAAAAGCCGAUCCACCCUUGUGGAUGAGCUGCAACGCUGUGAAAAGCUGGGGCUCUGUCUGUACAAUUUCCAUCCAGGCUCAACUUGUGGCAAAAUCACAGUUGAAGAAUCCAUUGACAAGAUAGCUGAAAGCAUCAAUUUGGCACACAAGGAAACAAAAUUUGUUGUUACUGUCUUAGAAAAUAUGAGCUGCCAAGGCAAUACUGUGAGUAGUAUCUUUUGUUAUGUCAUUAGUCAAUAAGA